UUCCACACAUACACAUAUACAACAGAUCAAGAGAGUCAAUCAAGUUAACUUGGAGUGAAGAUGGCAACUAAACAAGAAGCUUUAGCCAUCGAAUUCAUAAGCCAACACCUUCUCACAGACUUUGGUUCCAUGGAAACUGACCCAUCUCUUUUUACCAAUCAAGUUUACAACUUUCACUCAGAAACAAGCCCUAGAACCAUCAGCAACCAAUCCCUUAAACCGAACUCAACGCUUAACCAGCGUAAACCGCCCUUACCGAAUCUAUCCGUCCCAAGAACGGUCUCAACAAAGACAGAGAAAGAGGAGGAAGAAGAGAUGCACUACAGGGGAGUUAGACGAAGACCGUGGGGAAAAUACGCGGCGGAGAUUAGGGAUCCGAACAAAAAGGGUUCUAGGAUUUGGCUUGGAACUUACGACAAAGCCGUGGAAGCUGCAAGAGCUUAUGACCAAGCAGCGUUCAAAUUGCGUGGAAGAAAAGCAAUCUUGAAUUUCCCUCUCGAUAUUAGGGCAACGUCCGAAACUUGUUUUGAGGAAGGAGUCGUCGGAUUAGGGAAACGAAAGCGGGUUAAGAGUUCUCCGCCAGAAGAGGAGAAGGAGAAGGUUAGGGUUAAAGUGGAGGAAGAAGAGAGUAAUACGACGGAGACGACGGAGGCUGAGGUUGAGGCGGUACCUUUGACGCCGUCAAGUUGGAUGGGGUUUUGGGAUGUGGGAGCAGGAGAUGGGAUCUUCAGUAUUCCUCCGUUAUCUCCGACGUCUCCCAACUUCUCCGUUAUCUCCGUCACUUGAACUUCGGAAAAGUCAACCGACGAUGACGUUUUCACUUGCGUCACUCUCAUGAUUUCAUUUAUUCUUGUAUAAUAUAAAGGUAGCGGUAGU